AUGAGUUAUUCUGCUGAAAAAUCUUUAGAACACUCUUUGGCGACUAUUUCAUUAGAAUCAAGUAAUGAUAAUAAAUUGAAUGAUGGAAUUUGUGAAAUAGAAUCCCAGCAGAAAACAUACGUUAUCACUGAAGAGUAUGGAAAUAUAAAGGUAAUUCUUAGAUUCUGAGUUAAAGGUUCCGUAAUGGUUUUACUAAGAUGUGUAGUUUCUUUUUCUUUUUCUGUUUAUGUACAACUUUUUACCAGAUAUCUUGCAAUAUAAUCAAAAAAUGUCUAGAGACAUAUUUUGUUGCAGUUUGGAUCUAAUUUGUGCAUUAAAGAAACUAUUUUAUAAUUUUCCUAAUAAUCAGAAAAAAUAGAAAAUACAUAGGUAUAACGAGAAAAUACAUUCACGAAGAUAAACUUCUUGAGUAUCUCUGGAGAUAAUUAAAAAAAUAUCAUUAUAUUUUUUCUUUAUUACUCACAUGGAUGAGGAUUGAAAAUAUAUAUAUAUAUAUCUCAAUAUAUUUAUUACAGAGUUGAUUACAUGUUUCAAUAAAUUAAAAAAAAAAGAUGAACUUCAUUUAGUACUUAAUAAUUUUUUGAUUCAGAGUGUAGCGAAGAAUGUAAUAGUUUUACAAAGAUGUUCGUUUUUUUUUUUUUAUAGAUGUUUUUGAAAGGACAUUUUCUUAGAGUGGUCUUUUAGGGAGGCCAUUUUUUGAUUUUUCCAGCAGUUUUCCCAAUAACUCAGAAAAAGUGAAAAAAAAAAAACAGGAAAAUAUACGAAAUAUAUUAGUAAAAUAUUACGAUAUUUUUUUUGUGGACAACUUUUUUAAUAGCAAUUUUGCUCUGAUUUACAUUAAUGAUAUCACUUUUUCUAAAAGAAAAUCUGACUGGAGAGGUACUUUAGAGAGGUGAUUUUUCGAUAUUCCUUGGUGUUUUCUCAAUAAAUGUAAAAAGAAAAAAUAAAUGGAGGAAAAACAAGAAAAUUUAAGAAAUGUAGGUAUUAGUAUUAAAUAUAAAUACUAUAGAUUGCUCACUGGUUGGUUUUUUGGCGGAAAAUAAUAUAACUCUCAAUAGAUGGCGACAUGAUAUAAAAUUGUUGAUUAAUUCAUAUUAUUUUAUUUUGAUCGUCGUUACUCUAUAGUCGGGUGAAAUGUGAAGAAAAUCGGCUUUUAAUCGUAAUCAAAAACUAGGUGGUAGGGCUGUAGACAUGUGUCCAUGGAUUUUGUGAACGAACGAAUGACGAUGCAGUUGUGGGACUAAUCGUACAAAUACAUGCUAAUUAUAUCAUUGGUAGUACCUGUUCCCAUUAUCUUAUGAUAGCUUUUUUUUUAUACAUUUCACGAUAAUCGAAAUUACGACAAUUUAGAAUAUGCUUAAUUGAACUUCGCUCAGAAUCGUUUUUCGUUUUUAAUGAUUUAUUUUUACGUACGUAUAUAAAUUAAAAACUUUAUGUAUUCCCCAAUUUUUUUAUUUUUUUUAUAGUUUUAUUUUAAUUGUUUAUAAAGGAUGAAAAUGGUCAGAAAGUCAAAGUAACCAAGUACACUUUAGUAAAUAGACAAAAUCUUUUUGUUGAAAUUAUUAAUUAUGGUGCUACAGUUGUUUCAUGUUGGGUGCCUAAUGCACAGGGAGAACUAGAAGAUGUAUUACUUGGUUUUGACUCAAUUGAUGGUCAGUAUAUUGUAUCUACACAUUAUAUUUAUACAUAUACUAUAACUUUACAUAACAUUACUAUAUUUUACGCAUAUUAAACUUAGUUUCCCAUUAUAUGUAUGUGUUUUACAGACUAUAAGUUCAAUAACUUAUACUCAAUUGGUAGUACAUUAGGCAGAGUGACAGAUUACAUAAGUUAUGGUGUUUUUAAAAAUGAAAAAGGUGAUAUGAACGAAUUAAGCAAAAAUCGUGGUUGUCAUCAUUUUAAUGGUGGUGUAAAAGGAUUUGAUAAAGUCAUGUGGGAUGGAUAUGUUUCUGGUAAUGAUCUAAUAUUAACGUAUUCAAGUAAAGAUGGCGAGGAAGGCUAUCCAGGAACAUUUCAAACACGAAUUACAUUUUGUUUAACUUGCAAAAAUGAAUUAAUCAUAGAUUAUGUUGGUAUGACAUCAAAAUCAACUCCAGUUAACAUUACUUCAAAUAUGUUUUUUAAUUUGGCUGGGCAUGUAAGUAAAACAAAUAGAAUAGGAAUUUCAAUUUUAAUCUGGUAUAUAGGAUGUCGUACAGUGUUAUCCGAAUGCUAAUAACUCUGUCAAUAAUCAUUUAUUUUUUUAAAUUUGUAUUUUUCAAUCAGGUUUUGUUACAGGGAGGGUGCAAAUGUAGAGAUAAAUUAGAUUUGUAUUUUCAUCCAUUUAGGAAUUAAAUUUUCAAAAUAGCUAAUUUAUAAAAUAUAUUAUUUUAAACAUUAUAAUGUAAAUACUUACAUAUUCGAUCAAUAGUUUCCCAAUAAUUGCAAUUUUAAUUUCUAGAAAAUUGGUAUAAACAUUUAUUUGAGAUUUUCUUUAGUGAUUAAGGAAUGAAAAUACAAAUUUUAUUUACUCUAAAUUUGUGUCCCCCUAAUCUAAAACUCAAUAAAAAUACCUAUAUACUUUGUAUACACAAUUUUAAUAGAACACUGGGGAGUCCGAGUUAAUAAACCAUUCGAUAAUGGUUAAUGCUAAUGAGUAUGUUGCAAUUAAAAUACCUGAACGAAGACCUGUUGGUUCGCUUAAAUAUGUGCAGCAUACAUGUCUUGAUUUACGCGUCCCAAGAUCAUUAAAAAAAGCUUUUCCUCUGGUGCCAGGGUUUGGAUAUAACCACACGUUCAAAUUAUUUAAGGGUGGAGAACGGAAAGCAUUUAAUUUAGCAGCCAGGUAUUAACACUAAUAAUUAAAUAAUAUGCAACCUUUAUUCAACCUAUUUUGUUUUAGUUUAUUGCAUAAACAAAGUGGACGCAUAUUAGACAUUUACACAGAUAUGCCUUGUGUCUGUGUAAACACUGCUCAAGAAUUUCCAGAAUACGGGAAAAUGUCAUACAAAGAAGAAGUUAUGAAGGUCACAGAAAUAGCCACCCCAAAUGCAAAAUUUGGUAUUAAUGAAAAUGACCAACAAGCCAGUUCUAUUUCUGAUGAAUAUAGAUCCAAAAGUGAUCUCGAUUCAAUAUUACUUGAGGAUGAGCAAGAAGAUGAAUAUGAUAUGGGAAUACCUUUAUCAAAACCUGUUCUUAAUAUUCAAGAUACUCUGCCAAUUGUAGGCAAAUCAAAUGUUGUUUAUAGCAAACAUUCAGGGAUUUGUAUUCGCCCACAACUAUUUCCAGAUGCUCUUGCGCAUGUAAGUAUAUUCAAUUUAGUAUAUAGAUGCCUAUAAAAAUGAAAAUAAAUGAUAUUAAACAUAUUCACAUUUUAUAGAAAAGCUUCAAUGAUAUUACACUGAAACCGUCAAAUUUAUAUAGCCAGCGAACAAUUUAUAAAUUUGGUGUCAUCAUGUCAACUUAA